AUGGACACCGAUGAUCCACGAAGACCUCUAUUGGGCACUACCGUCAGAACCAACAGGCUGCGCCGCACAGCGUCCAAGCUCUGCAGCGUGGAGUCAUGGAAGAGACGUUUCCCGAUCACAAUAUGGCUUCCAAAGUACAGCUUCGAGUAUUUAAUAAGAGACGCUAUUGCCGGCAUAACUGUGGGCUUGACGUCUAUACCGCAAGGCAUCGCCUACGCUAUGGUAGCUGGUUUGCCACCUCAGGUGGGCCUCUAUUCCAGCAUAUUCCCUGGUCUCGUAUACAUGAUAUUCGGCAGUUGCAAGGAUGUGACAGUAGGCCCUACAGCAAUCUUAGCCGCUCUACUUGCUAAGUACGUCGCUAAAUCGGCCGAUUUUGCAUACCUGGCGUCUUUCCUGUCUGGCUGUUUUAUAUUACUGCUUGGAGUAUUACAGUUAGGAUUUUUGUUGGAUUUCAUUUCAAAACCCGUUAUUAGUGGGUUUACUACAGCAGCUGCUAUGCAGAUCAGCGCCUCACAACUGAAGCCACUCUUUAGAAUACAAGGCUCAUCGGGUAAUACAUUUAUUGGAGCUAUCAUUAAUUUCUUCAAGAAUAUCAAGACUGUGCAGCUCUGGGACACGUUACUCGGUGUAUGUUCCAUCGGGGCUUUGCUCUUACUUAAACGCGCCACAAUCCCGGUGAGUCCGUCGACGAGCGAGCGCGCGGCGCGCUGGGCGGGCGCGUGGCUCAACGUGGUGCGCGCUCGGAACGCGCUCGUCGUGUUCGCGGCCGCCAUACUCGCCUUCGCGCUGCAACUGUACGACAUCACCCCUUUCGCUCUUACAGGCACAAUCCACGGUGGCUUGCCACACUUCGGUGUACCACCAUUUCACACGGUGGUGAACAAUCAGACCCUAAACUUUGACGAGAUGCUAUCAGUGUUUGGUGUGGAGGGGUUCGUGAUGCCUCUGGUCGCUAUACUGGAAAGCAUCGCUAUCGCUAAGGCGUUCGCGGGCAGCGCGGCGGUGGACGGCACGCAGGAGAUGCUCGCCAUCGGCGCGUGCAACGUGCUGGCGUCGCUCUGCCAGGCCAUGCCCGCCACCGGCUCCUUCACCCGCACCGCCAUCAACCACGCCAGCGGGGUCGUCACGCCCGCCGGGUGCUUCUUCAAAGCCAUUUUGGUGUUGCUGGCGGUGACGCUGAUGUCCGACGCGUUCUACUUCAUCCCGCGCGCGACUCUGGCCGCCAUCAUCAUCGUCGCCAUGUUCUCGCUCAUGGAGCUGCAGAUCAUACGGACCAUGUGGCGGAAUAGCAAGACGGAGCUGGUGGUGUACGGCUGCACGCUGUGGCUGGGCGCGCUGGUGGGGCUGGAGUACGGCAUCGUGUGCGGGGCCGCCGCUGACGUCACGCGCGCGCUCGCCCGCGCCGCGCGCCCCUCCCUCCCGCACCACACCCUCAAGGUCGGUAACCAAGACUGCGUGUCCAUCACAAUAACGGGAGCGCUCUCUUACUCCAGUUCACAACACAUACAGGAGCGAGUGAGACGGUAUGCGACUACAAACGGAACAGUUGUCGUAAUCGACGCGCGACUGUUGCAUGCGAUGGAUCUCGGAGUAGCCGAAAAUUUAAUAGCUGUGAUACUAGAUCUAGAAAAAGAAGGAUAUACGUUCCUCCUGUGGAACUUUAAAGAAACUCUUAAAAAAUUAUUGGAAGACCUGCACUGUGGUUUUGAUAGUCACUUCGUUGAUGGUCCCAGUAUUGAUCGACAUAUAUUAGCUGCUAAGAUCCAAGUGGCUUAUUUGUAG